AUGAUUGGCUGGCGGCUUGGCGGCUCGACCAAUCAAAAGCUAGAACACAUCCAACUUUAUGUUUACAUUUUGAUCUCGUCAAUAAUGGCAAUUUUCGUCAUUAUUCCGCUAGGGUGGUGAGGGGAACCCCAGGCCAGAACCAACGAUGGAUGUUGAUCUCAGCGGAGCGAGUGUGUCGGACAGCGAGGGUUGUGGUGGCAGUUCGUCAUCAACUCAUUCCAGCAGUCAAGCUGUUAUGUCAAGUGGCAACAAGCUGAAGCGGUCGAGUAGUGCUCCGAUGAUUAACCAAUUGGUGCCACAGGGAGCUGUAUCCAACCCACCCUCGACUUCUGCCUCAAGAGAAGGAGCCUUGGGUGACAUCCAGGGAACACAGCCUCGAGUUCGACGAUUCAGUGCAUCGUUUGGGCCCGUCUCGCCCCUGUCUCCAGGCACUUCAAAAGGCAGUGGGGCCUUACGUGUCUGUCAGCUUCGGGUCGAGGAAGGGAUGGAUGUGGUCAAUCGUGAAGCAGCCCAUGAACGGACCGUCCAGUCAACUCUACAGAUCACUGAUUGUUUAUCGCAAUCAUGGGAGGACCUGACCUUAACGGAAGAUGUUGGCCGAUCUAAAGCACACAUAGCCCCAGGAAGCACCUCAGCGAGUAUAUCCAGCCCAAUUAACGUCUCAAUUAAUGUAAACACCAACACAUCUGGCACGACGUCGACCAUGACAUCCAUCCGACGGGACUUCACUGAUCCUCUCCACUUAACGAUUGUUCCAACGGUCCUUCCUCUGACUGGCUGCGGUGCAUCACCAACUCGGGGUGUUGGUAGACAGUGUUUCUCACCUUCACUUCAACAGCAUGUUCGAAAUACGUCGUUUUGCCCAUCCCCAUCGCCGACAAAGAAGACAUUCGCUACCCGUAGAAGUCUAAGCCCCAUAGCUCUACGGCCGUCACCUCUAGGGGCUGGACUGAAACGGAAGUGGGAUGUGGAUGAUCGAUGCGAGCAGUUUCUUACGCCAAAUAAGCGGGCGUCCACCUGCGCACCUGACCGAUGCAUUGGGGGACUCUUGAUAACGCAGCCACAUAGUGUUGGGUCCCUAGACAGUUCGCCUACCCCAGGGGGACCAGGUUCGCUUGGAAGUGUGGGGACUCCCGAAUCGGUAUGCUCGUCUGAAUCACCUGGACUGUCAACGCAAGCAUAUUCACCCAUCGAGGCAGGUGUCCACACACCCGUACUCACGCCCGAAGCUCCACCACACCUGUUCAAACCCGUCUCACCAGCGCUGAGCACCGAACACACAUCUGCGUUUGGCAACCAACAAGAAACUGAUAGGUUUGUCAGGCAAAAUCAUUCAUCAUUUGAUAACCGUGAACGAAAUCGGUCUUUUGGUGAUCCCGAUCACUCCGAGGAGUUCCGAUCUGGGGUUACCCAAGAUCGGUUCAUUUCCCGGAAUCAUAAUGACCGAUUUUCAGGGCAGGAACGGAGCGGACAAUAUCGGGACAACUGUAGCACCCGAAAUCGAUUUUUACCACAGAAUGAAAAUGAAAAUUUUUCAAGCCAAAACCAUGGGUCUAGGGGGAUCAACCCAGCCCAGAGGGAGCAUUACAGUCCUAGAGAUGUCACAUCAUAUGACGCCGAAGCCAAGAGCCUUGACACAAGUGACACUAGUAGUUCAAGUGAUGCGAUGGUGACGGAUGAUGUCCCAUUGAAUGACACUAAAUCAUUUCAAGAAAUGGAUUUGAGUGACUCCAUAACCCAACCUCCUGUUGACAUCUGACAUCAGCUGUGACUGUCAUGUGCUUGUCAUGAACUGUCAUAUGCCAGGGUAAUGUAAGGGCUGUGUCAUACCAGUACAGGUAUGUAACAUAAUAUA